AUGUAUUCCCAUGGAGCUGGGGGCGUUGAGACAGGCAUCGCUACCGAUAACUUAAGUGGCACAACGCUAUGCACAUCGACGUCAUUGACAGAGGCUCUACAAGACAUUGUCGGUUUCAGCCCACUGAUCAACCAAAACGCUGUCACGCAUAUGGCGCUCUACGGUUGCCCGGACCAAGCGGCUAGCACACAAGACUAUUGGUCAUGCAAUACCAAAAACACGAGCGGUAUAUGCCAAGGACCGAUAGCAUUGAUGUUCGAAUGGUCACGUGAUCGAUGCGACAACUAUCUUGCCAUGGGAGAUGCUAUUACCGUUGGUGGCGCUUUUAUGCACAAUGUGGUUCUGAUGGUGAAUUACAAGAAAGGUGGUUUUGCAGACGACUCUGGCCUGGCUCUCAAGAUAAUGCCUUCCAGUGAUGGAGACAAAGGAGUCAUCAAGGCGGUCGAAUACUACUCAGAGGCUCUCAAAAACCCCAACUGCGAAACAGAAACGUCCGAUUCCUCCAAAUCGGACGAACUCGGUAACGAGGUUGGCUUGAGCAGCAGCUCAUCGCUGGCCAUCGAAGAGGAGUUUGGGAGCGAGUACUCCGCCAUCGACUACCUGCAGUCGAUCUUGGAGGAGAAUUCACAGUGGAUGAGCAGCAGCGAGCCUCGUGUCGAUUACGGAGUGGAUGGCUCCGACCAGCAGUCGUCCUACCAGUAUGGGGAAGAAUCGUACAUCGAUAACGCACUCAACGAGGAUUCCGUCUACCAGAGUUCUUCAGAUUGGUCCAUGCGACUUCAGGACCUAUGGGACUCUGCCAGCGCAAUGACCUAUGGUAUGGUACUACGUGGCUGGUGGCCCCGUGAAGAUGACCGUGUGAUUGGUCAGGUGGCCGGUAUAGCCACCGACUCCAUCGGUCAACUAUCCCUCCUUCAUCGCGGUGAUAGGCGAUGGGAAAACGGUGACUUUGACGACGAAGACAAAUUCUUGCUGGACGAGCCAAUUUCAGAUGAACUUAUUUUGACCCUUGACCCGGCUACCGGCAAUGUAAUCGACUCAUGGGGAAGUGAUCUAUUCUACAUGCCUCACGGUCUGUACAUCGACCCGGAAGAUAACAUGUGGAUUACAGAUGUAGCCUUACACCAGGUCUUCAAGUUUCCUGCAGGAUCCAAAGAACCAUCUCUGAUCCUGGGCACCAAGUUUGAACCUGGUCAAGACUUGGACCACUUCUGCAAGCCCACGGAUGUGGCUGUCGACAGUAGGACAGGAGAUUUCUACGUCGCCGACGGAUACUGCAACAAUCGCAUCCUUAAGUUCAGCUCGAACGGAACAGCACUACUGGAAAUAACAGCAGGCACGAUACCAGGAGCAAACCUCGCAGAGUGGUCCCCACUGAAAUCACUACGGAUACCUCACAGUCUCGCCUUGAUCGAGUCACGUGAUAUCAUCUGCGUGGCUGAUCGUGAAAAUGCCCGGAUUCAGUGCUUCAAUGUGACCAAUGGGGAGUUAGAACGACAGAUUGCGUCACCGAUGUUCGGAGAGCAACUCUUCGCCAUUUCCUACAACAGUGUACAAGACGUACUUUACACGGUUAAUGGACCCAACGAGGAAGUAGGAGUACCACCCCUCGCAUUCACGGUGGAUCUGGAAACAGGUGAAGUCCUGAGCACAUGGGACCCCUACCCUAAGGCAUUCGGAGUGGUACACGACAUCGCCACCUACUCUCCAGAUGGCGCUGUAUACAUGGCCGACAUCGGGCUCGAUCGCGUCUGGAAGUUCGAGACGACUUCGAACAGUCUCAGCAACGAGCUCUAAAUCAUCGUAACCCCCUCCCUAAAAAGAAAAUCAUAUUAUAAAGUUAUAAGAGUUAUAUAAUGAUACAGAGAUGAAUUAUAGUUUUUGACUGGGCAUUUAUGCGGUUCGGAACAUAACAAAUGUAUUUGAAUAUUGUAUAAUACUACACAUCAGAUAAUCCAUGUGCAUUCUACUUUGUUAUAAAAUUCAGGUAGAUACAAAUUAUAUUAGGUGCAAAAAUGAUAUAUAAGAAAGGUGUAAGGGCGUGAAUAUAGGUAUAAAUUUGUUGAUGACAAAUCUUCUAGCACACAAAGAUGGACAAUCAUUUAAUCUGUUAUCAUUUUCGUUUGAAUGGUCCAUAUUUAGACAAGCGAUUAUGUUCAAACUUCAUAUAAACUGUAGUAUGAAAUGGGUAUUUUGGUCAGAGAGAAAAUAUAUUAUUUAAAGGUAAAUACAACCUUGACAGCAAACUACUCUAGAGGAAAGCAACACAAACAUCAGUGAAGGAGACUUGUGAAA